GUGUGUGUGUGUUUGCAGUGCAGAUCAGGAUGAAGGGUCCUCACGACUACUUAUCAGCCGUGGAGUGGCCUAUGAUGGUGUUCUACAUGGUGAUGUGCAUCGUGUACGUGCUGCUGGCGGUGUUGUGGCUGCUGCUGUCGGCGUGCUACUGGAGGGACCUGCUCCGGAUCCAGUUCUGGAUCGGGGGAGUCAUCUUCCUGGGCAUGCUGGAGAAGGCCGUGUACUACGCCGAGUUCCAGAGCAUCAGAUACGACGGCUUGUCAGGUAGCUGA